AUUUCUGUAGCCAGAUGAAAAUGCCGCAUGCCUCGACUUAUGACAUGUUUGAUGGAAAUAUUCCACAUGGGAAUUCUCUUUUGUAGUCCUUUCAUUUUUAAAAUUACUUCAGUCUGUAAAUCUAAAAUGCGGUAUUUAUGCAAAUGAGUUAUUUUGUGAAACUGAAUUGCGCCCUCAAGAGACCACUAAAGUAAUCGGCAUGGUGCAUUUCUCAUUUUGGUGUUGGGACUUGGCUUAGUUCAUGUAAAAUAAGUUGCCUCAUGAAAAGUUGGCAAAAUGGUGUUCUAUUUUAAGAGUGAGGGUUAUGUCAUCUAUGUAGGCAUUGACAAGCAUGAAAAUGAAGAGUUGCUCAAGUAUGGUUUUCCAGAAGAUAUAUGGUUUCACGUGGACAAGCACUCGUCGGCUCACGUGUACUUGAGGCUGCCAAAGGGAGAGAAUAUCCACACCAUUCCGGCCACAGUUCUGGAAGACUGUGCCCAGUUGGUCAAAGCCAACAGCAUCACUGGUAAUAAAACCAAUAACAUCAACGUGGUCUACACACCAUGGACCAACCUCAGGAAGUCAGCAGACAUGGAUGUGGGUCAGGUCGGAUUUCACAAACAGAAAGACGUCCUCAGCGUAAAAGUUGAGAAGAGAAUCAACGAGAUAGUCAACAGGCUGAACAAGACAAAAGAGGAGAGGAUGCCCGACCUGCAGGCAGAGAGGGAGGAAAGAGAUCGGCUGGAACGAGAAGCAGCCAAGAAGGUGGCCCGGGAGAAGAAAGAGAAGGAGAAAGAGGCAGCUCGGCAGAGACAGAAAGAGACAGAAAUCAGGAGUUACUCAUCGCUGAUGGUUGCUAGCAAUAUGAAAUCAAACGCUAAUGCAGAUUCUGAUGAAGAUGACUUCAUGUAGGGCACUGACGAUCAGCAGUAGACCUGGUACAUUGUGCAUAGACAUGCUGCCACUGACGGACUUCAAAUACCACCCGAAGAAAUCAUUGCACAUGGAACAGGCAGCCCCAGGAAUCAGAAUAUUUUCUCGUUUCAUUGACCAUGUGUGGGAGCUGUUUAAGGUACCAUGUGGUUCUGGAAUGCGGCACCAAUGUACACCUCCAAACCAUACCGCAGAAAACCUCACACCGCAUCCUUGGCAGACAUUUCCACGGCAUCACUCUCAGCGGCCCAUUUGUUCUGCACAUUUGCAGCGCCUUUGCUGGCCACUUCUCUCUGGACGUUGUCUUUGUCAAACCUGUUGGCAGUUUUACUGCACAGAUUAAUUCUGUUGCCACUCACCUGUGUAUAUAUUGCCAGAAUUGUCCAAAAUUUUGAAUCGUCUGUUUGUCUUUUGCUUGUAGGAACAUGUUCAUUGCAAUAGGACUGUUGGUUUAUGUUCAUUACAACUGGAAUAACCCAUGUUGUACUAAUGUAGUUGACUGUUUAGCUAUUUUGCAAACAUUGAUAACAGCUAAGAGGGUGAAUUUUGAGUGAAAAGGCCUGUCCUGCAUUGCCCAUUGACAACUGCAGUCUUUGCAUUCCUGAUGCUAGAGAAUGAAUCAUGAUUCUGAAAAGGUUGUUGAACUCUGUGAGCAACUGAAUAAUUUGGAAACCGUUAGAAAUUGAGAUGCCUUUGAGGGAUUUGCACUUGACUUCCACAUUUGGACAUUUGAUUAUCAAAAAAACAAGGUGACUCAAGUUGGCUCGAAAACACCAUUUGGUUUGGCUAGUUUAACAUCUAUUCACGAUAUCAAAUUGGAGUCAAGACCAUCUCAUGACCAGUCACAA